GCUGGUUGGAAGGGAGAGUCCUGGCUCUGGCUCAUCCGGCAGAGUUCGGUCGGUAGUGCCGCAAAUUCUCAACGAAUCUUCGUUGUCAGUCCUUUGUGCAGGAGCUCGAUCUCGCCUUCAAGAUGACGUCGACCAACACGUAUCAAGGCCUCGCCGAUAGCUGCCGUAAAUCUAGCAAGGUGUUGAAACCGCCCGGUGGUGGUAGCAGCGAUAUUUUCGGCGCGGCCCCGGAAGAAACGAGCCCACGGCGCAUCAAGGCCCACAAUCAGUCCCAGCUGAGCUCGGCCCUCUUCGGUGAUACCAACGGCACCGACAACGCGACCGCUGCUGUGUCACCUCGCAGCAACAAGCCCGGUAAUGAUUCAUACAAACGCCUGUUUGGCCCCCCCGAUGCCCCAUCCACCCCAAACGCGAGAAAUCACAUGCGCAGCAAUAUUCCCCUCAGCGAGGGAUCGUCGAUCUCGUCGCUAUCGUCGGGCACCGCGAUGUCGCCCGCGAAGAGCACGACCAGCAACAAUUCGACAUCAGGCAUCGCCAACGGCUAUGCCAGCAACGGCAGCAACUCUUCCAAUGAUAUGACAGCUUUUAGGAGAAAGAAACGAUUUCGAGGAUUGCCGACGCGCAACCCAGUUACCGGAGACGGAAUCGAGGUGACGCCCGUGAGGCGCAUCCCACGAAAGUAUCGAGAUGGCAAUCCUGUGACCGGAAUCGGCUACGCGUCCGAGUCGCAGAAGAACGGACCAGCCAUGCAGAACGGAACAGCCAGUUCGAAUUCCAGCAACAGCGGCGAGAAGUCGAACGACACGUCGCCGGCGACGGCAAAGCCACCGACGCGCGCUCGCGUCCCACCCGGUGGCUAUUCAUCCGGACUCUGGUAAAGAGUGACGUCGCCAACGAGGGUUGUAUCCCGCUCCCCUCCCCCCCUUUUCCGAAGGGGAAUAUCUCGAUUAAUUCUUUCGGCCCUGUACUCUUAACCCAUUAAAGCCCGCAAAUCCAUCUAGAGAGCCUUCUAAUUGUCAUCCGUAGAGUAUUCUAAACGGAAGUCUAUUUUGCCACCGUCUAUCCGUACAGCGACGAGUAAUAUCUUUUCUAUGAUUUUUCUAGAGAUACCUAAUAGAAAGAGGCAAGAUAAUAAAUUAUGGGCUUUAGUGGAUUAACGCUACACAUCACUCUCUUUUGCUUUGUACUAAUUCAAGGAAAUAUACAGAGAAGAGUAAGAACGAAUUUUUAGGCUUCUUGAUUCUCGAAGUAACUCUUUCGGCCUUCGGAGAGAACAAUAAAAUUGAUUUCACAUGGAACACACGCUGAUGAUGAAUCGCUUCUUUCAAACGAAAACAUUCACAGCGAUGUUCAGUACUACUUACUAUUAUUGUCGGGGCCAAGAGAGUUCAAUGAAAGGGCGGAUGAAAGUAAUGACAAAAUCGUGGAUAUGUUAAUUCCUCAAUAAUUCGCAACACAGAAACGAGCAGUUGGUCGCGUCUGACCAAUGAUCGAACGGUAGAGGUUAUGUAUUUAAAUUUAUCGAGAUUAGGUACAUUCCUGAAUUUUUUAAAUUUCAAUCUCAUGACAUACGAAUUCUAUUUCGCGAAAGAUUAAUUAUUGCGCGAUCGAUUGCAUAAAAAAUAGAGAAUGAGAGGAUGGAAGCAAAAAUGUUUCCAGAUAUUUAAGCUUCCGCAGCAUUUCUCAGCGUGGAUGACGCAUACGAGGGUCAAUGGGUUCCUUGUAACUUACCGAUCCUUCAGUCAACAACUACAUAGCAUGGACUUUAUUGCGUAACUGUAUAAAGGUAGUUAAAGCGAUCAUCACGCGUAAAGCGUACAUCUCCGGCUAGAACGCCGUACCGCAUCAGCGAUUCACGAGUAAUAAAUCCUCAAGAAGCGCGAUUCCUUAUCGGCGAACGAUUUACAUAUAAUAAGUCAUAUGAAUAAGCGAAGAAUAGAAUAUACUUUUCUUUUUCUUCUUUUAUUAUGGCUCCCGUUCACUGAUAUGUAUUCCCGCUUUCCAAUACGGGUUCAAUACAGCCAGUGAAAUCAACGAAAAAAUGUGUAAACCGAAUAAACGUUUCAAGUUAAUACAAAUAUUUGUCAGGAGUAAUCACAAAAGGCGCCUAGUUUCGUCAAAAAUUUGAAAAAAAAAUAUACGUAAGAAAAUAUCUAACAUAGGUAUAUCACUGACAAGAUGAUAAACAGUCAGCCCUGAGUAAAUUUUCGUAGCCAUCAAAGAAGUAAUUGGAAAGAGUAUCGAUAUUAUCGAUGUUAUUGAUAUAAAUAUUUAAAUAAUGUAUCUAUCAUAUUAAUAUUUAAAUAAUGUAUCUAUUACAUGACUUUUUUAUUAUAUAAAUCCUGCAUAAAUAAGUACUUAUAAUGUAUUGUAUCACAAAUAGGAUAAUGCACGGAAUAUCAUGUUAACAAGCUGUAAAUAAUAUGCGUCUAAAAAACAUUGGAUAAUAAUGAAUUAUAAAAUUAAUAUUAUAUUUAUAUUAAUGGGCUAAUUGUUUAAAUUUUAAAAGUCAUACGACUCCUCCACGAUUGUCGAUCUUCAAUAAUAUCUUGUCAGUGGAUAGCCACAGAUUUGCAACUUUAGAUAAACUUAAAAAGAAGACAAGUUUGCAUUUGGGACUUGCGAUUUAGCGCUCUACGAUGAAUCUAAAAAGGACAAGAAAUUAGCAUUUAGUUUUUCUUAAAAUAUUUACUGAUAAAUGUCUUUUGCUGUAUCAAUCAUAAUCUCAUCGUAAAAUUAUAAUAUAACUCGAAAAUUAUAUGCAAUGUUUUACGAUAUGCAAUUUUAUUGGUACUCGACUCAAAUGUUUCGAUGUUUUCAUCGUUUUUCAAAAUGUUUGCAGACUUUGAUAAGUAAGAGCAUUGCAUCGUUUUAUUCGCGAUUUGUUUCGUUUACCGCGGCGUUUUGCUCGUUUCCAGUGUUGCAUGUCAGUUCAUUAAUCCCAUCUCGAGAUGAAGGGCAAUAAUAUGUUCACGCAUACAAAAGAGUAUCGAGAUCGUAGAAUCUGCGAUUGCUACAAAAUAUGCGACAUUGAUUAGGAUCGAGGACAAAGGGAAAAAAUCGUUGCCAAUCAAUUCUGCCAAACAUCGAAGAGAUAUAUUGGGAAAAAACAAGAACAACAUUGUUUAUUUGGGAUAAUUGACCACUUUGAAUGGAGUAACCGUGAUAUUUUUAAAAAAGGGGGAAGAGAGAGAGAGAGAGAGAGAGAGAAAGAGAGAGAGAGAGAAAGAUGAAGAAUUUGAGUCGUGAACGACUAGAUCUAGAACGUGAGAGGAAUGGACUGAAAAAUAGCAGCACGUUUGACAAAUGAAAUUGCGAAAUGGAGAUCUCGGAAUUGUACAUUAGAAGUAGGAAUAUGUUAUUUCGAGAAAUAAAAAUGUACUAUGUAUAACUCAUUGAAACCAA